GCUGCUCUUCUUCAUGAUACAGUUGAAGAUACGGAUACAACGUUUGAAGAAAUUGAAGCUGCCUUCGGUACAGAAGUCAAGUCGAUCGUUGCCGAGGUAACAGAUGAUAAGUCACUUCCGAAAAUGGAGCGCAAAAGAUUACAAAUCGAAAAUGCUCCAAAGAAGAGCAUGAAAGCGAAGCUAGUGAAACUAGCCGAUAAACUCUAUAAUCUACGCGAUCUGGAGAGGUCAACCCCAAAAGGCUGGACUCGAGAACGGGUCGACGAUUAUUUCCUCUGGGCGGGCAGAGUCGUUGACGGUCUGCGUGGAACAAAUAAACAACUAGAAGAUGAGCUAGAUAAACUGUUGACAAAAAGAGGCGUCCUUAAAGACAGUUGUAUAGAAAGUGUAUGAUGACAUGAUAAUUUUUCAUCAACUGAUUAGCAUUAGAUAUCAAUCGAUCAAGUAUUAAAUCGCUUGUUCUGUAAUUAAUAUCAGUCAAUUGAUAAUUUAUAUAUUCACAAACAUGAAUAUCAAUUAAUUGAUCAUUUGUUUUUAAAUUUCAUUAAAUUUAUUUUUCUCUUACAAGACAAAGUUUAACUGUUACGAACAAAGCAAAACUUACAAUUGAAA